AUGAUCCUGAGCUGGUCUAGGACUCGACUUCAGCGUGCGAAUAAUGAUGCGAACUCCAGUUUCUUCGAGGAGGAGCGCAAGAAAGCUCUGGCCGUGCUCCGAUCGUAUGGAGUUGUCUACAGCGACAGUGAGUGGCCUUCGUUCCGUGACCGGCUCUGGGGAUUGAUGCUGCUUAAUGACGCCAAGCAGCAGGAGCGCAUUACGGGUAUAUAUCUGGAGCAGACCGUUUACUAUUGGACUUCCUGUCUCUACGGUACGGUGGAGAAAGCAAUAUAG